AAACGCCCCCGAUUUUUUUAUUUAUUUGAUUUCGGGGAGGCGAGGGGAGAGAUAGAGAGAUGGACGAGGCGUGGGAGAGGGCGGUGGAGGCGGCGCUGCACACCGCCGGCGAGGGGAGCUCGUCGCCGGCGAGGAGCCUGACCCUCGACGGCGCCGUCAAGUGCAUGCACGGGCGCUUGCCGGCGGCGGAGAUACUGGAGCGCCACCAGAGCCUGGAGCACCUCUCGAUCGCCGGCGUCGGGGUCGCGUCGCUCGCGGGGUUCCCCCGCCUGCGGAACCUCACGCGCCUGACGCUCUCCGACAACCGCAUCGCCGGCGGCCUCGAGCACCUCGUCGAGGCGGGUCUCGCCUCGCUGCGCGACCUCGACCUCAGCAACAAUCGCAUCCAAGAUGUGGACGACCUUGCGCCGCUCGCCCGCCUCCGCCUCGUCUCGCUCGACCUCUACGAGUGCCCCGUCACGCGGGUCAAGGACUACAGAUCCAGAGUGUUCGGGUUGAUCCGGACUCUCAAGUACCUCGACAAGAUGGACGCCGACGAGAACGAGCGCCCGGAGUCGGACGACGACGACGACGAUGCGGACGGCGAAGGCGAAGGCGAUGCCGAGGAGGAAGAUGAUGAUGAGGACGACGAUGACGAGGAUCCUGGAAGCGGCGAGGUGGCAAACGGGGGCGUCACCCACUCGCGAGGUAGCGUGGCACCGCGCCCGGUGGAGGUGAAUGGGGUGAUCCAUGUGGAUGAGGACGAGAGCGAGGCCGACGAGGUCGUGCCCAAUGGGGAAGCCGAGCACCACCACAGGGCCAACGGGUUCAGGGUCGCAGCGGUUGGGGUAGCCCCUGACGAGGAUGAUGAAGACGUGGAGGAUGACGACGAUGAUGCAGAGGAAGAGUAUGAGGAGGAGGAUGAUUUGGGAGAGGAGAUCGAUGAGGAGGUUGAUGAAGAUGACACUGUUGUUGAGGUACUUGAUGUGCCCAGUAGUGAUGAUGAGGAGGAUGGCAUCGAUGAGGACGAUGAUGAUGAGGAAGAGGAGGUUGAGGAUGAUGGUGAGGAGGCUGAGCCAGAGAGUAGUGGGAGGGUUGCUGUGGCGGUGGGGGGUGUUGGAGAAGAGAUUGAUGGACAUGAACAAGGUGAAGGUGACGAUGAGGAUGAGAAUGGUGAGAUUGGAGAGGAAGAUGAGGAAAGAUUGGAGGAUAGUAGGGUUUAUGAGGAUGGCAACGAUGAUGACGAUGCUGAUGAUGAGGAUGAAGACACAGAAUAUCUUGUUCAACCAAUUGUGACACCACAACCCAUGGCCGUUGUAAGUCCAGGGGACUUUGAUAUCGCUGACCCUGAUGAUGUUGAUGAAGACAGAGACGAGGUCGAUGAUGAUGAUGACGACGAGGGUGGCACAGACCAGCCGUCGUCCUCGCAGGGCACCAAGCGGAAGAGGGAUGAUGACCCAUCAGGCAGCGGCAGCGACGAUGAGGAUGAUGAUACUGAAGACCCGAGGCCGUCCAAGCGCCAGUGACAUUGUACAUGAUUCAUCCCCUUCCUCGCCCCUUCUUCUCAGGUAGAAAGAAGUAAUCAGGAGCAGCAGCAGCAAAACAGAAAUGGUGGGUUUCCCCCUGUUUUCCUUAGCCGUUUUUCUUGUAAAGACUUUGGUUUGGGGAGGGCUUCACCCUCCUUUUUAAAACAGCAGAUUUUAGGAGGGAAAAUGGAGUUGUAGUAGUCAGCGAACCAGCUUCCCUCUUCGCCUGCACCCUUGCUGAGUUUUCCCUCCAUAAUUUGAAAUGGUAGUUACAACACCCCUGGGGGGUUUCCCUCCUUCCUUUGAAAUUCCUGUUACAUUGUCAGCAUUGUCAGGUUUCCCUCCAAGAAAAAGCCCGGGAACUGCCCCCCUUUGAAA